AUGGGAUUCUUGUGGAAAACCGCGAAACUCGGAAUCAAAGUCGGUUUGGUCGCCGGAGCGGUGAAGUUGUCGAUUGACAACGAUAUUUGGUCGACGAACAAUGUUAAAGGAAGCGAGCUGUAUCAAAAGCUGAAAAAGUACAUUCUUCCUGGCACUGUCGUCUUUCCACAACAAUUGCCAACUGUCGAAGAAUGUCAACUGAAAGCCGGUGGAACGUGGAAUAAUGCUGUUGAUUCGGUCUUCACCACCAUCGAAAACGUGCCAUCGAGUGUGAACACCGUCGCCAAUCGUCUCAUCAAUAACAAAUAA